CAUGUCUAACCUAGACAUAUCCAACUAUUCCAUCUUUCAGUCCCUUUUUCGUUUUCUUGUUCUUCUACUCACUAUUUAAAUAUUAAUUAUGAACAUGUCACUCCGAUCAAUUCAGUAACAAAUCCAAAAUAUUAUCCAAGUAUCCAACUACCUAAUAAAUACAUAUCAAGAAGUUUGAGUUUAUCUCAUGCCCGCAACUAGUUAUGAGAUAAGCAUCAAUGACAACUUAGGGAAGCGUUCUUCAAAAUAUACUAUAUACUAGUGCCUGCUCUAUCGCCAAUAUGAAAUGCAUUGCGCCAAUUAACUCCUCCCAAAAUAAUACGACAUGAAAUCACCAUUUCCAAAAUCAUCUUCUGUCGCUGGAGAGGGCCGGAUAAUUGUGAAGCUCUCGCCAAAUCAUGUCUCCUCACUUGAGAGUAUUACUUAUCAAUACCCGCUAAAACUCAUCUCUCCGGCUUCUAGCGCUGAACAAGGCAGUGUAUUGGCAUUUCUCUUGUCCUACGGAGGAGGUCUUGUGGCCGGUGAUAGAAUACACCUCUUCGUUGAUGUGCAACCUGGAGCAAGACUCAGCAUCGUCACCCAAGGACAUACCAAGAUAUUUCGGUCCAUUAAACCAGAUAUCGUGACACGACAGGAUUUGAAUGUGGAAAUCAAAGAUGGCGCGGCGCUCUGUCUUCUUCCCGAUCCAGUUCAACCAUUCGAAAGCAGUGUCUAUGAGCAGAUUCAGAUAUUUAGACUGACUGCUAACGCUUCCUUAUGUCUGUUGGACUGGGUUACUCAGGGCCGCACUGCUCUCGGUGAAAAUUGGAGUCUAGCUCGUUGGAUUGGGCGCAACGAAGUUUGGUUUACUCCCCAAAACAAAAAUACCCAAGACCGGCUUCUAGUUCGAGAUACGGUUAUCCUUGACAGCGCAAAUAGACCAGCUGGGUCACCUUCGCUUCAGGAGUCGAUGUAUGGACAUGCCGUGGUGGGAACUUUGAUUCUCAGGGGGCCAAUGACCAAAUCUAUCGGGGAAUUUUUUCUUUCAGAAUUUGCUGCAUUGCCACGAAUAGGUGGUCGAGAUUUCCGCAGCGCCGAAGCACGCCAGAAGGACGAAGCCAUCCUUCAGACUUCUCUUGAGAGUUGGCGAAUUAAGAGGUUACAGGAAGAAAAGGAUAGACACAUACUUUGGUCGGCAGCUAAUGUGCGGGGCUGCAUCAUUGUGAAAUUCGGUGCAGCAACUGUUGAAGCUGGUCGAAAUUGGAUAGGGUCAAUGCUCCUUCGAGAAGGCAGCAUUGAAAAGCACUUUGGUGAACAAGCUCUAAUGUGUGUUCGAUGAUACAGUGGUUAUCAAGUCUUCACAGCGUACCAACCUAAGUUUUGGGGACAUAAUGCCCCCUUUUCUUUCAAUCCUACACGACGGGUCGAUAAUUAAUCAAUAAUGAAUUAUCGUUUGUUGGACAGCUGUCAACCCCAUAUUUUCACACCGAUAAGAUAACCUGGACAAGUACUAUGUACUACGUACCUCUUGUACUGAACGAUUCCUGCCCCACCAUAAACUUUUCCCAGCU